AAAAGCCAUAUCAUCGUACUAUCUUAACCUUAUAUUUUUCAAUAGUGAAAUAAAUUAUUCGAACGACAAUUGCACCGCCAUUUUUCGAUUGUCAAUUUCAAGAUGGCUGCAGUGUGGCCACACAAGUAACUCGUGUUGCGGUAUUCUCGUGGACGUUUUUUCGUUUCUGUGCCGAUUUUAAAAGUGAAUUUUUUUUGACUUUUAUACUCGAACGAUAUUCCUCGACUGGGGAACAUUUCUGUUCGCAAUUGAGUCUACCAAGAAAACGGUUAAAUUAAGUAAAAUGGGUCGUUCGAGGUCUAGAACGAAAUCGCCGAGUAGAAGGCGUCACAAGAGCAAACACUCUCGCAAACGAUCCAAGUCUCGCGAAAAACAUUCCAAUAACAAAUAUUCGGAUAAGCCGAAAGAACGCUCUUCUAAAUCAAGGAAAAGAUCUCACUCGGCAUCCUCAAGUACAGGAUCUGAUGCAUCUGAUGAUGUACAUAUAGUUAGUCAUAAAAAACGAUCGUAUAGAGACAGAGAAAGGAAAAUGGACGAAGUCGAAAGGCUAGCAGAAAUGGAGAGGCAAAGGAAAAAGAAAGAAUUAAUGAACAAAACCCUCAUCACGAAUGCGGUUGGACGGCAACGUGAAGUGGAGCAAAAGAUGGUUGAAGAAGAAGCAGCCAAACGUAUAGAGGAAUUAGUACAGAAGAGGGUCGAGGAAGAACUAGAAAAACGUAAAGAAGAAAUUGAAGCAGAAGUACAAAGACGAGUAGAGGAAGCAAAAAGGGCGAUGGAGCGUCAAAUGAUGGAGGAGAUGGAAUGGAGACAAGCAAAACUGCGUGAGGAGGAGAAACGAAGAGAGGAGGAAGAGCGGAAGAAGCGCGAGGAACUAGAGAGGAUCAUGGAGGAAAACAACAGAAAAAUUGAAGAAGCACAGAAGAAACUUGCUGAGGAGAGAUUGGCAAUGGUUGAAGAACAACGUCUUAUGGAAGAAGAAAGGCAGAGAAUGAGAAAAGAACAUGAAAAACGUGUUAAGGAGGAGCAGAAAAAGAUCCUAGGCAAGAACAACUCGAGGCCUAAAUUGUCGUUUACGCUAAAACCAGUUACGUGAGUUUGUAUUAUACCGUGCAGAUAUAUAUGUGAUAUUCACAUAUUCUUGUCGGUUUUGAAAUUAGUUCAUAACCAACAAGAAUACUCGUUUGCUGCGCAUAUAAAAAUAUUUCAGUCAAUGCAGCAACAAAUGCCCAAAGCUUAUGUGAAUUUAUUCACUGUGAUUGUUGAAAUCUCCGAAGCAUUGAAAUGUCAUUUGAUUAUGACUUUAAUUGGUAUGUCAAAAUCUAAUGAUAGAUUUCAUGCUUGAAAGGUUUCAUUACGAUCAUAACUGGGACUUAACUUUUUUUCAAGCUACACUUACAUCAAAAUUCAUUCAAUUUUAUGUAAACGAAAUUCCUUUAUUCUACAAUAUUAUUGUGUGUGAUAUAAUAAAUUGCUUACAGACGUAUCGACGGCUGUUCAGCAAGUUAGUUAAUUCUAUAUUUUUGGUGUAAGUGCGGUUUAAAUAUAUGUGUUCCCAAUUCACAAAUACAAUUUUAAAUAGUAUGGAUUUUCUCUUAUUGUAUUAUAACAGGAAAUAAAAUGAUUUUAUUUCAGUUAGAAUAUAUUACGAAUAUUAUGCUAGGGUAUAUUUGUACUUUCUAUAGAAGCAGAAGAUUUAUCUCACACAGUAAAUAUAACAAUAUGGAACUACAAACUGAUUAAAGCUAUUCCGUUAUUAAGUUGAAUGUUAUUUAUCGGUUGUAUGACACAACAAUAUGCACACAGAUUUCCUUAAUAUUUGCAAUACGCGUUAUUUGAUAAUCCUCGUUAUAAUCGAAAAUUUUGAUAAAAGACAUCUGUUAUUGUGUUUCCAAAAUUUUACAUUAUUUUAAUCAAAAAAACAAAAAAAGACAACAGGGGAAAAAAAAAGAAACGAAAGAAAAAGAACAAGCCGGGAAAGUGAUGAAUAGAUGAUCUAAGAUUGAUAGUGGAUGAUUUUGUACGUAUCGAAAUAUAAGUGCAGACGUGAGAAGAAUGUCCUCUACUUAAUCGUGUAUAAAUAUGUAUUUAAAAGAAGAAAGAAAAAAAAAUCUGUUCAUACAGAAUUGUAUACUCGUGAUAUUGUUACUUGUAAAAUAAAUACGUUUUUAUUA